AUGUGUCGAAAGCUUUUGACUCAGGAUAGAAUAUUGCAGUGGGACUUUUCUAGAAGAAAGAACAUGAACAUGAUGUGCUGUCUUUUGUGUUAUGAAAAUUUUGAAUCUCACAGUCAUCUUUUCUUUGAAUGUAAGCUGUCGUCUCAUGUUUGGAGCAUCGUUCGGGAUAAAGCUGGCAUGCAUAACGUUAAGGAUCAAUGGUCGGAUAUAGUUGGUUGGCUUUCUGAGCGAGCUAAUUCAAAGUCUACCGGGGAUUAUGUUAGUAGGCUGAUUGUCGCAGCGUCGGCUUAUGUUAUUUGGCAGGAAAGAAACAUGAGGCUUUUCAAGAAUCAAACGAGGCCACCAGAUACUAUUGCUUCAUUAAUUCUGAAUAUGGUUCGAUACAAGUUGUUGGGAGUGAAGUUCAAGAGCACGGUUAGAGUCAAGAGAUUGCUUGACGAUUGGGGGAUUCAUCAAGGUGCGGACGCGGAUGGAAUUGGCUGA